CAAGCGUUUAUCCUUAUCAAUUAGUUAUUACUAUUGAGAACAAAAGAAAGUCAUUCUGCUUAUUGGACCUUGUCAAGCUAGACAAAAUCAUCGUGGUGAAUACUCGCAUCUUGUCAAAUGAUUCUGUAUUAACUGAGGAAAGAAACAGGUGACUUAUAUCGCCGUCAAACGAACAGUAUGCCCGUGCUGGCUAUAGCUGGCCAAUACCUGCAGAUCAGUCACAUGGUUAAGGAAUCCCAUACACCUGAGUGACGUCGUGGACUUAGAGCAGUCGAUGCCUGGCGAGCUGGCGUUUAUUGCCUCGGCGUGGCUGGCGUUAUGUGAUCUUUAAACUUGGAUUAAUAACGUGACAUAGAGACUGGCUUAAUAACAAGGAAGCAUGAGACAUAAAGAAGAUGGUAUAUGUGGAAGUUAGUACUGAUGGGACCUAACUUCAAUAGACUCUAAAACACCAUAAGAACUUCAGCUGCAGGGACACAGGCCCGUGCCCCACCAAACUGAAGUAGCACCUGAUGUUUGCAUGUGUAAAUCAUGAAAACUGAAGAUGAAGACAUUGCAAAGACUACAGCCACCACCAUUCCUGAAGAUGGUGAAGUCCCACCUGUGGACGAGGAGGUUUCGUCACCAGCAGAUGACAUGCCUCCUAAAGUUCCUCUUGAAAUCAAGGACCCUGGUCAAGAACAGAAGAAAUCUGAGGAGGAGAAACCUAAACCAUUCAGCAAGAUGUGUCAUUUCAGGAAGUUUACAGAGAAGACAUAUGAGGAACUUGUGAUUCGAGAAAAGUCAGAUAAGUUGAAAGCACAACAACGGCUUGUCAAAGGGCAAACAGCACGUCUGGUAGAUGGUGACCUUAGGUUUGGAGAUGAGGAUGAAGAAGACCACAUUUUGGAACCAGAUCCUCUUCUCCAUGAAGGAAAUACGCUCACAGAAAACUAUGGAGUUUUUCCUACACCGUACUGUGGUUGGCCAAUUGAAGAGAUUGACCAAGGGAUUAAAGACAAGUCAUUUGUGGUCAUUUCCAGACGGGUCACAAAGAAGACUAUAUACCGGUUUUCAGCAACUCGAUCUUUCUACAUUUUCCCCCCAUGGAACCCUAUACGAAAGAUGGCUGUGUUUGUCUCCACCAAUCAAUUCUUUGACUAUUUUGUCAUCCUUACCAUCCUCACAAACUGUGUCUUUCUUGCUUUACCAACCAUGACAUUCACAGAAUCCUCCGAGUAUGUGUUCUUAGGAAUAUACACAUUAGAGAUGUUUAUCAAGUUAAUAGCCAGAGGAUUUUUUAUCAACAACUACACCUAUUUGAGAGAUCCGUGGAACUGGCUGGAUUUUGUUGUCAUAGUAAUAGCGUAUGUCACAACUAUCAUCCAAGCUGCAGCUCCAGGCUUUUCUGUUGGCAAUCUCACAAGUUUGAGGACAUUCAGGGUAUUCCGAGCAUUAAAAACAGUGUCCAUUAUACCAGGUCUAAAGACUAUAGUUGGUGCCCUGCUUCGAGCUUUCAAGAUGCUGAUUGAAGUGAUAAUGUUGACAGUGUUUUGUUUGAUGGUGUUUGCUCUGUUUGCUCUGCAAGUGUACAUGGGAGGACUCCGACAGAAAUGUGUUUUGAACUAUAACAUCACACAGUCUGAUUCUAUGUAUGUUACACACUACAGUGAACAUAUACGGAACUCAAGCAACUGGUUCACUGAUGGUGAUGGAGGGUAUUUGCUGUGCGGAAACAUCACAGGAUCAGGAGGAUGCCCAAGUAACUACACCUGUUUACCUGACAUUGGAGAGAACCCCAAUUCUGGCUAUACAAACUUUGACCACUUUGGCUGGGCCAUGCUGAAUGCCUUCCAACUCAUCACCCUGGACUUCUGGGAGGAUACUUAUAAUAAGGUGAUCCGAGCUAGUGGUCCCUGGAAUCUGGUGUUCUUCAUUGUGGUGAUAUUCUUCGGCUCCUUCUACCUCAUUAACCUCAUGCUGGCUGUCGUGGCCAUGUCCUACGAGGAGGAAGCAGUGCGUGCUGGGAAGGAGAGAGAACGAGAAAAAGCUAGCCAAAGGAAAAAAAUGAAUAAAAAUCCAAUAUACGACUUAACAAAAAUAUCCAUAGCAAGCAAGAAACUAAAACUUGAUGAAAAAAAGAACCCUAAAGAUAAGAAGUCUGGAUUGAAAAAAAUGGAAAUACAAGGAGCAGAAGGAUUAAAGCAGCCAGAGAAGACGCCUAGACCUCCCGUGAACCCUAAAAAGCCUAUGGUCAAGAUUCCAAGCAAGGACAGUGGCUAUUCAUCCAGAAGUCAGAACAGUAGUCGUUCUGUGGGGAGCAAGGUUCUCAAACAUAGGGACAGUAGAGAGAGGCUGAAGAACCCAGAAGAUGCUGAAACAGACAGUGAAGCUAGCAGCAGCGUGAACUAUGCCUUUAAGUCGGGUAUGCUGAUCAAGCAGAAUAGCCGUGGUAAUGGAUUUUUGAAAGUGUCUUCAUCAGGUGUGAUUUUGGAGAGAGAGUCCACAAUCAGUGAGCUAAACAGCCUUGAAGAGAACAACGAGACAAGUGUUGUUAUCAUCAAAGCGGAUGAAGACCCUGACAUUGUUCCCGGCCCAAACGAACUUGUGGACAGAAACUGUAAAUGUUGCCAUAGCUGCUGCAAGUGUUUCAUCCCCCUGCUCCGCGCGGAGGGCAUGGUCUACGCCUUCAUCAGUGACCCUCUCUUUGACCUGUUCAUCACCCUCAGUAUCGUCCUCAACACUAUCAUCAUGGCCCUGGAACAGCAUGGGCAGUCAGAACAGAUGAACGUCCUUAUCAAAGUUGCAAACUAUGUGUUUACUGCAGUCUUCAUUUUUGAGGCAGUUUUGAAACUGUUUGCUCUCAACAAGUAUUACUUCAAGAGUGGCUGGAAUAUCUUUGAUCUGAUCAUUGUGAUCGCCAGUAUCAUAGAUUUAGGAUUUGAAGAAGUAGAUGGUCUCUCUGUCUUUAGGACCUUCAGAUUGCUCAGGGUGUUCAAGCUUGCACAGUCCUGGCCAACAAUGCGAAUAUUGCUGUCAAUCAUCUUGAGCACUCUGGGUGCCCUUGGAAACCUAACCAUUGUGCUGGCUAUCAUUAUCUACAUCUUUGCUGUAACUGGACUGCAGCUGUUUAUGUCAACCUACACACCAGAAAAGUUUGCCCCAGACCCUCCACCGAGAUGGAAUUUUAACAACAUUCAACAUGCUCUGAUGAUGAUAUUCCGAGUGCUGUGUGGAGAAUGGAUUGAGCCGCUGUGGGCCUGCAUGAAAGCCAACAAUGAACUCUGCAUGGUUGUCUUCCUGCCUGCUCUCGUGCUCGGCUACUUCAUCGUCCUGAAUCUGUUUUUGGCUCUGUUACUGAAUGCGUUUGCUACUGACUCAAUUCGCAAACACAAAGAAACAAACCAGGAGGAAUCCCGGCUGAAGCUGGCUUGGGAAAGAAUCCGAGGUCUUUGUUGUUGCUGCCUGGGAAAGAAUAUAAAUGCCAUAGAACCCAAGAAGAAUGGCAAGGCAUCAGGGGAAGAUUCCACGAAUGUAAUAGACAUUGAUGAAAAUGGAAAGGAGAUUAAAAAUGCUGAUGCUGAUGCUGAUGCCAAACCUUCUACCAAUGGAGUUAGUACUAAAUCUGAAGAUACAAAGAAAACCCAGUCAAAUGGUUCUGUCAAAAGCCAACAUGUAAAGGAGGCCCAGGAAGCAUUUGAUACCUCGCAAAAGAGGGCUCAGUUUUCAAGCUUUGAGGAGGCUCGCCAAGCAGAGGCUGCAAGGAAGAAGAAUGGUGUAGAUGAAGAUGGCCUUGCUCUUGGAGAUACUGCAUCCUCACUUAAGAAGAAUGAAGUUGUAGUGUUCAACUGCAUGCCCAAAAUCCUUGCAAAAAGGAUGCCGUGGUUGUCAAAGUACGAUCAGCCAUCACGGUGGUACAGCAUGAGGAGGUUUUUAGUAAAGGUGGCCGACAACAAGAUAUUUGAGACAGCUGUUCUGCUCGUCAUCUUUGCAAGUAGCGUUACUCUGGCGUUUGAGGAUGUGACUCUUGAUGAAAAACCUUCAUUGAAGUUGGCGCUGUAUUACUUGAACAUCAUCUUCUGUAUUCUCUUCACGGCGGAAAUGUUGAUAAAGAUGUUCGGCUACGGCUUGCACAAGUAUUUCACAAGUUUUUGGACCAUAUUGGACUUCUGCAUUGUGCUGAUAUCAAUCGUCAGCUUGAUAGCCGAGUCUCUGGGAGUAUCAAAUAUUGCAGCUUUUAGAUCACUGAGAACCUUACGAGCCAUCCGACCUCUCCGAGCCAUCUCUCGCUGGCAGGGAAUGAAGAUUGUGGUGAACGCCCUGAUGUUGGCCAUCCCAGCCAUUGUGAAUGUCAUCCUUGUGUGCCUGGUGUUCUGGCUCAUCUUCAGCAUCAUGGGCGUGCAGUUCUUCUCUGGCAAGUUCUUUAAGUGUGUGGAUGCCAACUUGGAGAGGAUUGAUGCGAGCAUCAUUGCCAACCGGAGCCAGUGUGAAGCAAACAGCCACAUGAACUACACAUGGAGAAACUCCCAUAUCAACUUUGACAAUGUCUUACAGGGUUAUUUGGCCUUGUUUCAAGUUGCAACAUUUGAAGGCUGGAUGGAGGUCAUGAUUGAUGCUGUGGAUGCAACUGAGAUUGAUGUUCAGCCAAGGGAGGAGAACAACUUUGCGGCCUACUUGUAUUUUGUGGGAUUCAUCAUUUUUGGGGCCUUCUUCACACUCAACCUACUGAUUGGUGUCAUCAUUGAUAACUUCAAUGUGCUGAAGAAAAAGUAUGAAGGCAGCUACCUGGACAUGUUCCUCACCUCCAGUCAGCGCAACUACUACAACACUCUCAAGAAACUCGGCAACAAGAAACCUCAGAAAACCAUCAAAAGACCAAAGAAACAAUUUGCAGCCUUCUUCUAUGAUGUGUCCAUCAGUAACAAGUUUGAGUUGGCUAUAGUGCUGAUCAUCUUCCUGAACAUGAUUGUGAUGGGGAUUGAGCACUACAACCAGUCAGAUGCUGUGUCCCAGGUACUGGACAUCAUGAACAUCAUCUUCACCACUGUCUUCACCCUCGAGGCCUUGGUGAAACUUGUCGGGCUACGUUGGCACUACUUCCGCCAGGCCUGGAAUGUCUUUGACUUCAUCAUCGUCAUCCUGUCUAUCCUAGAUAUUACCGUGAGCCAGUUACAGUCAGGUGUGGUACUGGAUGAUCUCCUCUCCGACGUUUUUGUGACUCCUACACUGCUACGAGUUGUGCGUAUCUUCCGUAUUGGGCGAGUCCUACGUCUCAUCAAGGCUGCCAAGGGUAUCCGCAAGCUGCUGUUUGCUCUCAUCAUCUCCCUCCCGGCCAUCUUUAACAUUGGUGCCCUACUUUUCCUGGUCCUUUACAUCUAUGCCAUCAUCGGUUUGUCCUCCUUCGGCAAUCUGAAAAUCAAUGGAGCACUUGAUGAUAUUGUCAACUUCAGGACAUUUUUCAAUUCCUUCAUGUUGCUGCUGAGAUUAGCUACCUCUGCUGGCUGGAAUGACAUCCUGGAUGCUAUGUUGAUUUCUCCCCCAGACUGUGAUCCGGAAUUCAAGACCUUGCCUAACGGAACCUUGGUGAAGGAGACAUAUGGUGAUUGCGGCAUACCGUGGCUAGCAAUACCGUUUAUGGUGUCCUAUAUUAUAAUUAUCUUCCUUGUUAUUAUCAAUAUGUACAUAGCUGUGAUUCUGGAGAAUUUCAACCAGGCCCAUGAACAAGAGGAGGUGGGGAUCACAGAGGAUGAUUUUGAUAUGUUCUAUGUAGUUUGGGAGAGGUACGACCCACAUGCUACCCAGUUCAUUAAGUAUGAACAACUAACUGACUUUGUGGCAGAUCUGGAGGAACCAUUUGGGAUAGCCAAACCUAAUGAAAUUGCUCUUGUGUCAUUUGACCUUCCAAUAGUUGAAGGAGAUAAGCUACAUUGCUUGGACAUCUUAAUGGCACUGGUGAAAAAUGUGUUAUCAGAUGUUGAAGAAACUGCAGAAUUCAGGGAGGUAAGAAAUCAGAUGGAGGAGAAAUUCCAGACUGUGUUCCCCUCACGUGUCAACACAGUGGUCAAGUCAACCACCAUGCAGAGGAAGAAAGAGGAAGUAGCUGCAAGAACAUUGCAACAAGCCUGGAAGAGCUUCAAGACUCAUCGCUUGCUGAAGAACAUCACCGCUCAGGCCAUGCAGCAAAACCUGUCUCGUUCCAGCUCCAUGGACUCGCGUUCCCGAGCUAACAGCAUUAUGAGCCUCGGUCGUCGGCUCAGCAAUGCACUGACGUCUUUCUUCAGUUCUUCAAGGCCCAGCAGUGCAGUCAGUCGGGCCAGCCUGAAGAGUGCACAAAAUCAACACUUCUCACCUAUCAGAAAGAAAAAUGUAUCAAAUACUCUGCAGGUUCCUUCUGUGAAUACGCUGUAUUCUAGUAGCAGUGACUUGGACAUAAAUCACCUUGACUUAUGAUGCUUGCUGUGAUUGAUUAUACCUCUUGUGGAACUUGUUUAUAAAGUAAAUGUUAAAUAAUUAUCUGCGUUCGUGGCAAGAUACAUAUGGGCCCAAAACAGGUUAAACGGUCGUCUCCCCCAAGAAGAGCACACCAAUGAAUAAAUGUGCUCCCAACUGCAAAAAUCGAAUAAGAAAUAUGGGCUGUGACUCAGUGCUGACCUGUCAUUUUAUGUACUGUAACCAAGGACAACAAACCACAUAGCAGAGAAAGUGACUGGAUACAAGAGACAAAGUGUUAAUAUUCUUCAGAGGACAAUAUUCUGAAGUGACAAUGUGAUGGAUACCUAAAGCGAAGUCUUGCAGCCCAAUAGUUCAUGAGCAUGAAGGUCUUGGAUGGAUGCUAAUGGAAGAUAGAGUCGUCUAGCCCAGUUGGACUUGCCCAUGGCAGACUUUACUGUAUUUGCAAUCCAUUCAUUCCAGCUUUGUUCCACUUUCCUGGCACUGCAUGUGUACAGUGCAUGUAAUACAUGCAAUUGUGUCUAUUUAGAUAGCCCCUAAAAGCCAAAGUAAAACCUUAGUGAACUGAUGAUACUGACCUCACUUAACCAUGUCCACAUGUCUUGUUAUUGUAAAUAGUAAUUCUGCCGGCCAAAGAUGAGAUAUUUACUGUUAUUUCUUGCAAUUGUUUGGAAUCCCUUAGUGGGACUAUAAGGUUAACCUUUCACUUUAUUAGAGAAUAUUCAAGUAUGAUUUUAAAAUCUGUUUUCACAAAACACUGUCCACCCUUCUGUAAAUCCAUACAACAUAUAUACUCUUCAUUGUGUGAAAUCAAAUUUAUCUGUUACUAAAUCACAGCACAAGCACUAGACAACUGGCAUGUAAGAAUCAUCUUCAUCUUCUGAAAUACUAAACAAUAGGAUAGUGGAUAACGCGAUACUUCAGUUCAAGAACUUGAUUCAACUAUCAGUGUGAAAAGGACUUCUUCCAAGUUAAGAGUUUUACUGAUUUGAAUUUCUCAUGUUACCAUGCUAUCUGAGCAUCAGAUAAAAUAAUGUGCAAACCCAAUAACCAUCUUCUAGGAAGGUAAAUUAUUGCACCUGCUAAUUUAUGAUGAUAUUUAUCUUGUAUUAUAAUUGAUAAGUGAUUACUGGUAAUUAUAAGCUAAGCAAAGGUCAAGUUUCAGGGGGUGGACAUGAGUACAAUUAGUCAGACCUUUCCUUAUCAACUGGAUCACAGAAAAGCCAUUUUUGAAAAUGUGGAAAUAAUGUGAACAUCUUCUUUAUCUUCAUCACCUGAAUUUAUUUAUUACUCAGUAGAGGGGCAGUCGGGUAGCCUAGUGGUUAAAGCGUUAGCUCGUCACGCCGAAGACCCAGGUUAAUUUCCUGACAUGGGUACAAUGUGUGAAGCCCAUUUCUGGUGUCCCCCGCCGUGAUAUUCCUGGAAUAUUGCUAAAAGCGGUGUAAAACCAUACUCACUCACUCACUAUUAUUCAAUAGACCAUAUGGCUUGUUGAUCAAACUUACUUCAUAUUAUAUUGCUUUAAGUCUUCAAUCUGGUAAAAGAAGUCGAUUCAUGUACUCGUUUGCACAAUAUGACAAGACUUGUAAUGUAAUGCCAUUGAUUAGAAACAUCUUUUAAUUUAGAUUAGUUUACCCAUAAAUACAGCUCACUAUUAUAGUAUCAAUGAUAGUCACUUUCCUCCCUUUCUGAUUGAUUGCUGCUUUUCCCAACUUGAUAGGUACUGGUUUUGUAAUCUGCAGUUACUUAAAUUUUGACUAUCAGUAUAGGUUAUUUCAAUAUUGUAGGUAAUAAACAACUAUUUUUAGUUUCAGCUUCUCAUAUGAAUGUGCCAAACUCAGUUUCAUACAGACUAAUGUUUUGAUACAACACCUUGUAAAUAUACCCACGACAAUAGCUUUCAUAUUGGUUAUCUGUUACCAUAUAUUACCUAGAUCAGUAUUCCUACUGUGGUAUCACGUAAGGGCUUAAUUUCAGACCAGCUGAACAUAUAUGCAAGCACAUAUUGGAUGAACUGUUUCAGGUAAAACCGGUAUUAAGAUACUGGGUCAUCCAAUCAAUGCCAGUCAUCAGAAUCACCUCAGUGUACACUACUGCUCACUUUUAUUCUUAAAUUAUUAUGCUUAUUUUCUUGAAUCUGUGAUAUAUUUGAUUGUUCUCAGCAAGCUUAUGGUGGUAAUUUUCGCCACUCAAGGAGUUGUUUGUCAUGCUUAUGUAUUUAUCGAUCUUUGCAUGCAUUUUACUGUGACAGAUAAAUACUCAUCUGGAAUGUCUAAUAUUGUCUUCCGACUUGACAACUGUUCAUAGUAUUGUCUGUCUGAUUUCAUGAAUUGGAAAUGAAGUAUGCCUGUGAGAUUGUACCAUGUGAUAUUGAGUUUGAAACAGUUUACUUACUUGGUGAAUUAAGAAGUAUUGUUUUGUUGUUCAGUGUCUUACAAUAAUGAACAUUCAUGUGAUAGACAUACAAGGAACUGUCAACUCAGCGUCAUAGGAAAUAAACUAAAUUAAAAAGAUCACCUAAUUCAAGGUUGCCAAUACAUUUUUAACGUGAAAUGUUUUGAUUAAAAAAUGAGUAAAUAAUUCAUAUAAUUUAUUAAUAUGCAAUGACGCGUGAAAUUUUACAAUGUCAUCAUUUUCAGUUAAAUAUUCACGUCACCAUUGAAAUAUUCUUGCAAUAUCUUUUCUAAGUAGCUGCCUUACUUUGAGUAAGUGAACAUUCUGUAGUUGCUUUUCGAAAGAUUAUUCAUUGAUUUCAGUAAAUACUAUUCGUAGUCAGCAGAAAAAUUUGUUACAGAUUCCCAUCAAUAAUUCAAGCAUGAGAUCCUAGAUAUGUGAUAAUUAGAUGCUGCUGCUGCUGCUGCUGCUGCUGCACACUUAUUAGUCCUAAACUCACAGCCAUUUGGCCACAUACUGAUGCUCACAGUCUGUAUUUGCUGCUCACUGAUAUAUUAUUGUUCUUAUUGUUACAUAGUAUUUAUUUGUUUGUGUCUUAACUCUGAGAGGCAGACUUGUAUGUUAUGGGAUUAGUGUCUGCAGUGACUACAAUGAAAUGUGAUCUUUACAAGAGAAAGUAUCAGGGAGGUGAAAAUGACACUGAAUGCUAAUUAUAUGAUUGAAAGUUGGGAAAAUGGCACGAUGAGGUGUGAUGCUUUCUCUUGGAACAUCUUCUGUAAUAUUUUGAGAAAACAAAUAAAUUUGGUACUUUAA